AUGUUUGUUCAGACGGCCAACGAAGACCACUCAAAUGCGGAACCGGUGUCACUCGAAGCAGCAAGAACUCAGGAAAGCGUUGAGCAGAAGUCUCCUGCAACAAUGCCUAAGGCCAAAUGUAAUGAUGUAAUAGAUCUUCAAGACGAUGAAGAUUUAUCUGAUGAAGACCGUAAACUGGGUAUAAUGAAGGGUCAGAAAAUAAACACAAUUAUCGGCCUGUGCAAUCGAGGAUCUAGUGCAGAGUUGAUGGUUAUUCUUAAAUGA